AAAUCAAACGUGAGCUCAAAAACGUGACAGUGCAAAAAUGCCCUAAAACUCUCUUUGCAAUUCAUGCUGCCUCCAGUGUUUUGAGCGACACUGAGGCUUAGCUGAGAACAGAAUUGUAUUUUUUUGAUCAUUUCCCAACUCCAAAAGACGGCACAGAUUUCACUCACGUCUCUCAUUAUACAGCGUCAUGCCCUUGACCAUCGAUCAAGACAAAGCUAGAAAGGCUUUUAAAGCUCUCUAUAAGCAUGAAAGUAAACACGCCGAAAAAGACGAAGAAUCAGUAUGGUUGAUGAUUUCAACUUUCAAUAAAAUCGAACUGUUGAAAGGCAGACCCACUCGAAUGUAAGUUUUUUUCAGCCCUAUAGAAGAUGGUGUCAUUGUUCAACAAGCAUUGUCUAAUAAAUGAACCCACUCGAUAGUACACUUAAACACGGUUGCCAUCCACCAGGCAUUCAUCGAUGUCUAUUCACGAAACGGAGUCAACAAAAGCACAAAGAAGCCAUCAUGGAAAAAAAGAUCAAAGGCAUCCACAAGGUGAUCGAUCUAAAACAUCUCAAAAAACAAUAUUCUUCUCCUGACGCCAAGCAAAAAUUGAUGGACGAUUUCGAAAUGUUCAUGGCUGAAAAGUCCAUUAUCACCGACCUCUACAAAGUACUAGGGAAGGAUGUGUAUAAAAAGAGAAGAGAGCCGAUUCCUAUCGACGUUUAUCACCCUGAUUUUCAAAAAGAAGUUUUACGUACAGCAAAGUCAACUUAUAUGAACUUUCAUACAGGAUCAUGUUAUGCUAUUCGAAUAGCCUCCACUCGUCAGACAGACACAAUAGCAUUUGAAAACUUUACGUCUGCUUACCAAAAAAUAAUUGCUGUGAUACCAGGCGGGGAAGACAAUAUACGUUCUUUGCAAAUCAAAACCGCCAACUCAACCAGUUUACCCUUGUACGAUGCAGAAGUAGAUUAUAUAGAAGAAGGAUUAAACGAAGAAGAAGAAGAAGAAGAAGAGUAAAACCAGCCAUUCGACGCAUUUCACUCUCACAUGACACACUCUGCUGGCAAGACUCACUAUCUGACUGGAUUCAAGUAGUCAUUGAAAGCACAAAGUACGAUUCUUUGAAUACACCCUAUUUAAAACAUUCUUAUAAAAGCAAUGAUAAAAUGUAUACGAUUGAUGAAAGAAAACAAAGUCCAUCUUUUAUCUCUCAAGUACUUUAAAUAGAUAUUAGUUUUCACUGGUCUAUAUUUUUUACUGUAGUGGCAUGUUCUUGGUUUCCUGUCUUUACUUUUUUUUUUUACUAUUGAACCCAAAGAUAACCCUUUGGAACUUAGACACUGCUCAAGCUGGGGGAUAUACUUUGCAAUUUUUGCCACCCUCGUCUCUUGAGCAGGGCAUCAUCAUUUUGUCAGAUCGUACCUUUUUUUUUUUUUUUU